AUGGGUUGUUGCAAUCACCUAUUCGGUCACCAUGGCCGCCGACACUAUGAGGGACCCGGACAGGCAGAAGAGGAUUACUACCACCAGAAGAAGCACCGCCCUCUCUCUGCCAGCGAGCUCGUCUACGCCGACAAGAUUCUCAGCGAGACUCGCUACCCCACACCUCAUCCGAACCACGCCGAGGACCAGCAGCAACAGACAACGGCGUCGCGGCGGACAUCGUGCUGCGAGCCCCUGGAUGAUGACCUUUUCAAGACGAGGAGGCAGUUGAGGCGCGAGAAGCGGUCAGACGAGGGCUCUACGUUCCAGGCUGAGCUGAAUCAGACGCGCUACAGUCUCAACCGGGCCGAGGACCAGGAGGCCCGCUUUUCGCAUGCUCAGCAGGAGCAGAAAAAGGCUGCAGCCGCCGCAGAGCGCCUCAAAGCCCUGACGGAGCGUGAGACUGGCCGCGAGACGGUCGAGAUGGCGUACGUGGCCGCCCGUCUCAGGGAUCUGGCCGACCAAGCCGAACUGGAUGCCCAGCGGGCCCAGACGGAGGCCGAAGAGGCCGUCCGCCGUUACAGUCUGGCCCACGAAGUCGUGAUGAGCCAGGUUGAGGCCGGUCCCGAGGAACAGCCCGAAGUGGCGGAGCGCCUAAGGUCCCUGGCCGAGCAGGCCGACCUUCAGACCGACAAGGCCCGGCACGCUGCCAAGAAUGCCUCACGCCGCCACAGCCUGAUCGAGAGCGCUACAAACCAGGAGACGCAGCAGGCCGUCGCCAUUGCCUCACGCCUCAACUCGCUCGCUCUUGCCGCCGAGGAGAAGGCCCGGAUCGCCAACGAGGCUGCCGAAACGGCUCAUCGCAAGUCCAGCGCGGCUCUGAAAGCCGUCAAAGUCUUGCGCGAUGCCGACAAGAAUCUUCCUGCGCCUCCAGAGGUACCAUCGAGGCAGUCGCCGCAGAUUCACCACCACCAGCGUAGCUUGUUCAGGACCCUUGGCGAUGCUCUCGGCCUAACUUACGACGCUUCGGCAGCCAAACCUGCUUCCCCGGCGCCUGCACCCCAUCGACUGUCGGCUGACGAAAUGCCUCCCCAGACGGCAUCUUCAGAGCCAAACGCCAACAGACUUCCCACGGUGCAAGAAGUCCCCACUCCUGUACCUGAGUCCGAGAAUGCUGCUCCGGUCCCAAAACCAAAACGUACUUGA